AUGACACAGAAAGGUAUAGAUGCGGGGGGUGAUGAGAUCGUCACUACGUCCCGGACAUAUGCAAACGACCACGAUAUCGAGAAAGAGCUUUUAGAUUUAACAGACCCUUAUACUAACCGUUCGGCGACUAGACGAGGUCUACAACAGCGUCAUAUUCAAAUGAUUGCACUCGCAGGAACAAUCGGAACCGGUCUUUUUCUAGGUUCUGGAAGAGCCCUGGCUCAGGCAGGGCCCGCAGGCAUAUUUAUGGGAUAUACUAUUAUGGGACUAUUGAUUUCAGGUGUUACACUUUCUAUCGGAGAACUGAGCGCCCUUGUUCCUCUUAGCGGAGGCAUCAUCCGACCAGCAGCUUACUUUGUGGAUCCUGCGUUCUCCUUUGCCCAGGGCUGGAACGUCACAUAUCAAUAUUUGAUCUCGAUUCCGGCCGAGUGCGCCGCCGCAGCUACUAUUGUGCAGUUUUGGGUGACACUCAAUAAUGCAAUUUGGGUUACGGUUUUUAGCGCUGUUCUCUUUGCUACUAACGCGUUCCUUGUGAGGAUCUACGGUGAGGUGGAAUUUCAUCUUGCGCUUUUGAAAGUAUUCUUGAUUGUCGGUAUGAAUUUUAUGGGCAUUGUUAUCACUGCGGGUGGUGGCCCGAACCACGAAACAAUUGGCUUUAAAUACUGGCACGAUCCCGGGCCAUUCGUGCAGUAUCUUGGUGUCCCAGGCCCAUUGGGCCGCUUCAUGGGAUUUUGGACUGUUUUUGCGAAUGCAGCAUAUGCUUAUUCUUCAGUGGAGACCAUUUCCAUGGCCGCUGCAGAAACAUAUGCUCCCCGAAGAAACAUCCCGAAGGCGGCGAAGAGAGUAUUUGUUCGUGUUCUUUUGUUUUAUGUCAUCUCGAUUUUCAUGAUUACUCUUCUGGUCCCAUCCGACGAUCCUAUGCUCCUAAAGAAGCACUGGUACCGCAGCCCAGUCGCCAUUUCUUAUAGCCGCAACCCGAGCCGGCAUCCCAGUGCGGCUCACGAAUUCUCUUUGGCCUCGCCCGAGAAGGCCAAGCCCCAAAAUUUCUCGCACGUACCAACCGUUGGGGGGGUUCCUUACAUGGGUGUUCUUGCGAUCGGUGUGUGGAUGGCGCUCGGCUACAUGUCUGUUAGUGCCACUGCCGCAAUGGUGUUUACAUGGCUACAGGAUCUUGUGGCAUGUGCUCAGAUUAUGGGUUGGCUUGUUAUUUGCACCACUUAUUUGCGGUUUUACUAUGCCAUGAAAAAGCAAGGAAUUUCCCGCCAAAGACUCCCCUGGAAAGCGCCGUUUCAACCGUAUGCGGCAUGGAUAACUUUGGUUUCGCUUAUCAUUAUCCUGCUUACUGGUGGUUAUACGACUUUCAUCCAUGGACACUGGUCUACCGAAACAUUCAUUUCGGCAUACCUUGAUAUUGGAAUCUUUGGAGCACUCUACUUUGGAUACAAGAUCUGGUAUCGAACUAAAAUUAUCUCCUUGGAUGAGUCACCAGUGGCUCGUUUCGUGGAGAUCGCAGAGAAUGACCCUGAUCCUCCAGAGGAACCAAAGUCAGCAUGGUCAAAAUUUAACAUUCUGUGGGGUUGA